GUAAAUUUCGAUUUAUGAUGAUCGAACCUCACAAAUUGAAUUAGAUUGGUACGGCUAUACGACGUCGCGUUGACGUUUUUCCGGCGUCCUCAAUAUCUUACAAUCCCUCAUGGCAAUGGAUAUCGGCAUCCUAAAACACAAGUAUAUUGAUUUUUGCAAUGCUUGGAAAACCAAACCUAAUCAAGCCGUUCUGUCAGCUUUCGUUAAGGCUGAGAAUAAGAAAUGGAAUAAGGAAGAAUCUAGCUUUGUGAUCUUCUUGGAUGAUAUAAAAGGGGUUGACUUUCAUCCAUUUUACAAUGCUUUUGGCCACAUUGACCUUUCAGAGAUAGAUGCAGUCGACAUUCUUCAAAAGUCAUCAUGUUCAUUGGAAGGCGAUUCUGUUUUAUUGUUAUUGCGUGCGGUAAACCAAAAGCUCAGGGUCGUGGAUCUCCAUGACAGAACUUUUGGCAAGGAUUUUUUAUUGGGGCUCUCAUUGGGAGGCUUGGCAUGCCAAGUUUUAAACUUAAAGUUUUCCCAUUUCCGGAAGCUAAAUAUGGUUGGGAAGUUCAUGCAGAUGCACACACUCAAUCUGGAUUUUAGCACAUCGCUAACCAGUUUUGGGAAGGAUUGUUUUUCGUAUAUGCCAAAUUUAAAGAGUCUAUCUUUAUGUGAGACAAAAAUAUCCAAUCUGUGGAGUACAAGUGCGUCACUUGCAAAACUCCCAUCUUUAGUUGAACUCCGCUUUCAGAGCUGCUUAUGUUGUGAUGACACAAAGGCAUGUCCUCGAGCUUUUGGGACAAAAACAGAUGAGAGCACUAGUUAUGAUCCAAUGGAUGAAACUGAGGAAGAACACACAGAUUUGUAUUCUAAUGGCGAUGAUGAACCAAUGAAUUAUAAUGCAAUUCAUGAAAUAGUAAUCGAAUCUGAUGAUUCAACAGAUAGUGAAGUUGACUUUUCAAGUACACACCCUGGCAUGAAUUUGCUGGAAGAUUUCACUUAUGGAUCUAGUAUCUGGAAUGGCUUACUUGAUCUUCCUAAUGAGUUUAUCCCUUGGGGGUCAGAAGAGGCCGAAGAGUCGUGGCCAAGUGCAUCUGUAUCAAGACCUAUCUCAUAUGUUUCCCGUAAAAGACGCCGCUCUUAUCACACUUCACCAAUAUGCUACGAAAAAUAUUAUAGAGAAUACAUGAUAGCUUCAAUGCCAUAUUUAAACAUCUUGGAUAACCAGCCAAUAAGAAAGGCCGACAGAGAUCGAGCUGCUGAAAUCUAUUCUGAUAACUUUGAGUAUCUACCAUAUAAAAGAGCAAAUAAAGAGAGCGUUGUUAGUAUCCUGAAAAACCGUGAGAUCAAAUCAAAGUAUUCUUAUUCCAGAUCACUUGGUGCUUCCAAAGUUGGGUGUGCAGUAUUGCCUUCUUUGCAUCCACUUUCUAUAAUGUCCAGCGGCCUAACAAGAGGUGAUGGUAGAAAAUUCCGUCCAAGACAAUUUGAGUAUCAUCCAACUAAUUCAAAUCUCAUGGUUAUUGGAACUUUGGAUGGUGAAGUUGUUGUCAUUAACCAUGAAAGUGAGAAGAUUGUCCGGUACAUCCCGUCACAUGGAGCAAUGAAUAGUGUUUUAGGUCUAUGUUGGCUUAAAAAGUAUCCGUCAAAGUUUAUUGCUGGUUCGGACAAUGGUUUGCUCAAGCUAUAUGAUAUCCAGCAUAUCCCUUCAACACAUUCCAGUGUCUACAGGAGUGGUGCUUCUGCUUCCUUCGAUGAGUUUGACCAAUUGACUUCUGUGCAUGUCAACUCAUUGGACGAGCUGUUUCUUGCCAGUGGGUAUUCAAAACAUGUUUCUUUGUAUGACAUUUGCACUGGUAAACGGCUGCAGGUGUUCACCGACAUGCACCAGGAGCACAUUAAUGUUGUGAAAUUUGCAAAUCAUUCGCCAUCUAUGUUCGCCACUUCUUCAUUUGAUCAUGAUGUCAAAAUGUGGGAUUUAAGACAAAACCCACACUCCCCGUGCUACACAUCUUCUAGUGGUCGAGGAAAUGUAAUGGUCUGUUUUUCACCAGAUGAUCAUUAUCUUCUUGCGUCGGCUGUUGACAACGAGGUUAAACAACUGCUGGCUGUUGAUGGAAGGCUUCACUUAGAUUUUGGUAUACCCCCAACGGGAAGUUCUCAGAACUAUACUCGCUCAUAUUACAUGAAUGGAAGGGAUUAUAUUCUUAGUGGAAGUUGUGAUGAACAUGUUGUAAGAAUUUGCUGUGCUCAAACAGGAAGACGCCUCAGAGAUAUAUCAUUAGAGGGAAAAAGUUCUGGGUCGUCGAUGUUUGUGCAGUCUUUGAGAGGGGAUCCAUUUAGAGAUUUCAACUUGAGUAUAUUAGCAGCCUACUUAUCCCCAAGCUCAAUCCCGGAAAUUGUCAAGGUCAACAUGUUAACGUCCAAGGAUGCUGAUAAAGAAUCCUUCUGUGAUGAGCAUCCCCAUCCUACACAUGGUUUGGGAGGAGCUUGAACUCUGUACAUUUGUUGUAGUAUCAAAUAAUGUAGCGUAUAAAUGUUAAUGACAUCUUUUGAGUUAUGAUUAUUAAAACGAAUUUUCAAAAA